AUGGCAUCGAGAACACAAUUUGAAAACUCCAACGAAGUUGGGGUGUUUUCCAAACUAACUAAUUCAUACUGUUUAGUAGCAGUUGGAGGAUCAGAAAACUUUUAUUCAUCAUUUGAGGCCGAGUUAGGAGACGUUAUACCAAUAGUGCAUACGACUAUUGCUGGUACGCGUAUAGUUGGGAGGAUGACUGCAGGGAAUAGACGGGGAUUAUUAGUACCUACCCAGACGACCGAUCAAGAGUUGAUGCAUUUGAGAAACUCCUUACCUGAUACAGUAAAGAUCCAGAGAGUUGAAGAAAGACUAUCGGCAUUGGGCAAUGUGAUAUGUUGCAACGAUUACGUUGCUCUUGUGCAUCCAGAUAUAGAAAGAGAAACUGAGGAGUUGAUAGCUGAUGUUUUGGGAGUAGAAGUUUUCCGUCAAACAAUUGCUGGGAACGUGUUGGUUGGAUCAUAUUGUGCAUUGAGCAAUCAAGGUGGUUUAGUGCAUCCACAAACGUCGAUACAAGAUCAAGAAGAGUUGAGUAGUUUGUUGCAAGUCCCGCUUGUGGCUGGAACUGUGAACAGAGGUAGCAAUGUUGUUGGAGCUGGAAUGGUUGUUAAUGAUUGGUUAGCUGUAGCUGGCAGUGACACUACGGCGCCUGAGUUAUCUGUGAUUGAGUCUAUUUUCAGAUUACAAGAUGCACAACCUGAUGCCAUUGGCGGCAAUUUGAGGGACACAUUGAUAGAGACAUAUACAUAG